UGGAUGGUGAAAAAGGAGUUAGACUGGUGUCCCGGAACGUUUCACUAUAUAUGUCCUCACCGCAGGGGGUCCGACGGGGGGCUCGGCAGGUGUCUCCUCCCCGUGUGGAAUUUCAGAGGACCGGACCUGAGAUCAGUUUUUGUGUUCCCGCCCCCCUCACCUUAUCUCUGGCCUGUCUGAGCGCCUCUCAUUAACAUAAUUAUGCAGCCGCACGCCGGGAGGCUUCACAGGCUCCAACAAACGCCGUGCACGCUUUGGGAGCAACAGGACAGGUGAGACCUGAGCUCAGGAACAAUCCAACAUGAGGCCCAGGGCGUCUUCUCUGGCGCUGUUAGCAGUGUGUUUACUCGGUGUGAGUGCUGUCUCACACGUGGAGGAGAAGAGGAGCCAGGAGCGGCUCUUCCUCAGCUCCCUGGGGCUUUCCGAGCGACCUCGGCCCGCAGGGAGCCACCAGCCCCGGCUCCACGUCCCCUCUGCGCUCUGGAGGAUGUUCCGGGCGCCAGGCAACACCCAGGCCCAGGAGGGCGACCCGUGCACGGUGUCAGAGUACGGAGUCCGCGGCAACAUCAUCCGAUAUGUACGAGACCAAGGCAGACCGGUGUCUGGCUGGAGCAGCAGCUGUCAGGCCUGUCUGGAGAAGCAGCUGUUCUUCAACAUGUCUGUCCUGCAGCCUGUGGAGCUGCUGUCUCUGGCUCAGCUGGAACUCGGGUUCCUCUGGAAGCCCUUCAGACCUGCAGAGCUUCUGCAGCACCCCCGAGCUCUCAGCAUGUCUCUGUACAAAGUGAUCAGACCCACACUGAGAGGAGCCGAUCCUCAGGCCAAUCGAAGACUCCUGGUGUCCCAGUCUGUCUGGUUGCAGCCUGAGCCUAACUCCGUCACCAUGAACCUCACCCCGCUGGCAGAAAACUGGCGCAAAGUAGGACACAACUAUGGUUUGAUUCUAGAGCUCCUGCCUCUCAGCACAGAUUCAGAGGAGCUUCUUCCUUUUCAACCGGGUAACGCCCUCAUGUUGGAGCCAGCCUUUACCUUUCCACUGAUCCAGGCCUCCUUGGUGGUCGUGUCCCUCAACCUCCAUCAGUGUCGCUCCAGACAGAAGAGAAGUGCCAUCCACCUUCAUGUGACGCCCAGCAACGUGUGCAAGGCUCGAAGCCUCUACAUUGACUUCAAGGACGUGGGCUGGCAGGACUGGAUUAUCGCUCCUCAGGGCUACAUGGCCAACUACUGCCACGGCGAGUGCCCAUUCCCGCUCAGUGAGAGUCUGAAUGGCACUAACCAUGCCAUCCUGCAGACCCUGGUUCACUCCUUGGACCCGCACAGCACGCCACAGCCCUGCUGCGUCCCCAUCCGUCUCUCCCCGAUCUCCAUGCUCUACUAUGACAACAACGACAACGUGGUGCUUCGACAUUAUCAGGACAUGGUAGUGGACGAGUGUGGGUGUCGAUGAGGUCCUGGGACAUUUCUGAUUGGUCCCCGGCUAUCAGAUAUCCAUCAGUUGUCUUUUAGCUUCUCUGUCCGUGGAGACAGUUUUGAAUUGUUGGUAAUUAUUAUCAUGUGAUGUCUAUGAAGACGGGAAUUUUGAAAAGAAAUUAAGAUUUGCAUGUGCUUGUUCUCAGGGAAACGUAGACGUUUUUAAUAUGAAAGCUGAUGUUAAUAAAAAUUCCAAGGCAAUAUUUUUUCAUA